GGACGCAGCGGCGGCCGCUGGCGGGAGGGAAAGGGGCGGGGCCGCUGGGGGGUUCCGCUCCUCCUCUUUAUCCCGGGUGCCCUCCGUGCAGGGUCAUGCUCGCAGCCCCGGUGGUACCAUGAAGCCCCUAAAGAAGGAAUCCGGCUUCAGAGUAUCUCCAGGCAGAUUAUCGGAGGUUGAAGAAAACUUGAAAGAAAAGAAGCGGGCAAAGGUACCUGAACAGCCCACGCACCCCAUUCAGGAAGAACCUGAGACUGUCAGUAACGUCCUACAAGGAGAUGACAUUCUUGCCUUAGCCAUUAAGGAGGAAGACUUGAAGAAGCAACACAUUCCUCACUUUAUUAAAACAGAAGAUAAACCUGUCAUCACCCAGAAAUUUAUCAUCCGUAAACUCAAACCCAAGGAUCACAGGAAGAAGGUCUGCCACUUAGUAGCACGUCCUGCUACUCCAGAAGCAGCUGCAAAACCCCUGGACUAUUCUGGUCCAGGUGACAGCUUACUUGGCAGGGAUGAAAUUCUGCCCCACCACAUCUUGGGGAGUCUCCAAGAUUUUAAGAGAAUUGCAGUUGCUCGAGGGAACACCCAGGUGGCUGAGCUGAUACCCACCCCGCCCUGUCUGAUGACCCUCAACUCAGCUGAAGAUGAGCCGAAGCAGCAAGCCCCAAAAGAAGCAAAGGCACAGCCCUGGGCACCACCUCCUCAGCACAACUUUCUGAAAAAUUGGCAGCGAAACAUAACCCUGCGGAAGAGGCAGCAGGAAGCUCUCAGCAAGCUCCUGAAGAAGCCGGUGGGCGAGCUGCUGAUGCACAGCGGGGAGACCUACAGGCGCAUCCAGGAGGAGCGGGAGCUCAUUGACCGAGCGCUUCCCACAGUGCAUGACGGGAAGGCCUGUGAGGAGACCACUGGGUUCUGGGGUCGACUGGAAUACCUGGGAGAUGAAAUGACGGGUCUGCUAAUGACGAAGACAAAGUCCCAGCGUGGCUUAAGGGAACCGAUCGCUCACGUGAGGAAGCCCCUCUCCAUCCAGGAGGAGAUGGGAUUGAAGUUCCAGAAAGAUGCUUGGUACCGCUACACGUGGGAUCGGAGUCUGUUUCUGGUCUACCGGCGCAAGGAGCUGCAGAGCAUCAUGGCAGAGCUGGGUUUCAGUCAGCAGGAUAUUGAUGGCCUGGAGGUGGUGGGCAGAGGGCAGGCUUUCUCGACAGUUGAAGUGGAAGACUAUUCAGUGUUUGAAAGCAGCCAAGAAAGCCCCGCUGAGGACACGCUGAGCUUAGAUUUAUUAGCCAGCUGCCCUGAUGCGGUUCCCAUGCCUGUUCUUGGCCCUUCUCUGCUUUUCUGUGGGAAACCAGCUCGCUGGAUCAGAGGCAGUAACCCACAGGACAAGAAGCAUGUUGGAAUCGCUGUCCGCUUGACCUUUGAAACUCUAGAAGGGGAGAAAACGUCUUCAGAACUGACCGUGGUCAAUAAUGGCACGGUGGCCAUUUGGUAUGACUGGCGACGGCAGUCCCAGCUGGACUCUUUCCAAGACCUGAAAAGAAACAGGAUGCAACGGUUUUACUUUAAUAAUCGGGAAGGUGUGAUUCUGCCUGGAGAAACUAAAAGCUUUACCUUCUUCUUCAAGUCUUUGAAUGCUGGCAUCUUCAGGGAACACUGGGAGUUCAGAACCCACCCCACCCUAUUAGGGGGUGCUAUCCUGCAGGUCAAUCUCCACGCAGUCUCUCUGACCCAGGACAUUUUUAGGAAAGAGAGGAAGUUAAUAGAGAACAAGCUAGCUGCCCAUGAAGCAGUCACCAUCGUGGAGAGCGUGCUGCAGGAGCUGCUGAGGGGGGUCCUGACCCCGGAGCGUGCGCAGUCACCUGUGGACGCCUACCUCACGGAGGAGGACUUGUUCCACCACAGGAAUCCUCAGCUGUAUUACCAGCACCAAGUGGUGCAGAACCUGCAUGGGCUGUGGCGCCAGUAUGUGAUGUUGCCUGCCAAGGCCGAGGAGGCCAGGCCAGAUGAGGAGGAGCACGUGAGCCCCAGGCCCAGGGCUGCCAUGGCCCAGUCGGCCUAUCUGGAGAAGGCCUCAGUGAACGUCAAGCCUUCUGUGGCGCACUGUAAGAGCCCAGUCUUGGAAACCCAGCUGCCUGGGCAGGAUAAUGAGGCCCUCAGCGACUCCCAAGAUUCUUUCAGGUCCCAGAAGCCUGGAAUGGGGGUCAAGGGUUCUCAGUGGAAGAGCGUCAUGGAGGAGAUCCUGGUGGAGGGGAGCCCAGACCUGGAGAGGGCCAAGAGUCCCUGGGAGCUGGAUGGCCUGCUGCCACCUGAGUGGAACCUCUGCCUGGAGACCUUCAGAAAGGCAAUGAUGGCACUUCCUGAGGAGAACCAGAGAGAAGAUGCCCUCAUCAGACUCAACAAAGCAACCCUGGAGCUGUACCAGGAGCAGAGGCCGUUGCAGUCAGACUUCCUGCACCAGACAUGUUUGCAGCUGUGGCGGGAUAUGAUUGACAGCCUGGUGAGCUAUUCCCUGUGGCUGAGGGCUUUGCUGGGCCUGCCUGAGAAGGAGAUCAUCUAUUUGGACAUGCCAGAAGAGCAAGAUCGAAAAUCGCCUCCUGUCACAGAGGUGAAGGUAGCUGCUGGGAGAGCUGGGAAGGAGGACCGCCGAGGGGCUGCCCAGGAAAAGAGGCAUUUGGGGAUCAGAGACAAAGAAGAUACAAAAGGAGCCAAGUUGCCAGGGAAAGAGGAACGUUUAAACAGCAAGAAGCUCAAGGCAAAGGAUAACAAGAAACCGAUGAAAUCUUUGAGUCAGGACAGGCUUCUGGUGGAAGACCCUGUCCCUGACUGCACUACCCCUUCUCAGGAAGCUCCAGACCCUCUGGUCAUGGAGAAAUACACUGAGAGGCUGCACACUGAGGUCUAUGCGCUGCUAGAGGCGCUGGUGACUGACCUGAUGGUCCUGGCUGAUGAGCUUAGCCCCACAAAGGAUGUUGAAGAGCCUUUGCACCUUUGUACCUGACUGGCUUGCCCAAGACACCUUCUGGAAAACUGGUGAACAAAUCAAUAAGUCAAUAAAGAACCUUUAAGUUCCUACCACCUCCAA